AUGGCCGACCAGAGGCCCCCCAUGACACCAGACGAGCUGGUCAACCACCCGGAGUACGACCAUCUCAUAUGGGACCUGAAGCCCACCAAGAAGGGCCGGCUGCCCGUAGCAAAAGAUAGAGGCGGACCCUUUAACAUUGCAUACGAAAUGCACGGCCACGGGCCCCGACAUCUCGUGUGGAUCAUGGGCCUCGGCGGCGCAAAAUACGCCUGGCAGCGCCAAACCAAAGACCUCGCCCACACCAAGGCCGACGUCUACUCGUCGCUCAUCCUGGACAACCGCGGCAUUGGCGAGUCAGACAAACCGCUCCGGAGAUACUCGACGUCCGAGAUGGCCAAGGAUGUCAUCGAAGUGCUGGAUGCGCUGGGGUGGACGGGCAAGCGCCAGCUCAAUCUCAUUGGCAUUAGUAUGGGCGGUAUGAUUGCUCAGGAGAUGAACCUCAUCAACCGCGCCAACCUCUUCCUCCCCAAACCCCUGACCACGCAGCUCGAAAACAUCAAGCACAACCUCUACACCGACGACUGGCUGACCAGGCCCGACGAUUUGGAGUACGUCGUCCAGCCGUUCCCGACCAACGGCGAUCGCUUCGCCGCAAACGAGGUCUGGAAGCGGCAGCACCCCGAGUGGUUUAACAAGAAGACUUUCCUGUGCCAGGCAGUGGCUGCGGGAUGGCAUAACAAGUCGCCCGCCCAGCUCCAGGAGAUUGCCAAAAAUGUGGGGAAGCGGCGCAUCAUGGUCGUGCACGGGACCAAGGACCGCAUGAUCAGCUUCCCGCACGGCGUGGUGCUCUGGCGGGGUUUGGAGAAGGGCGAGGGCAGGACGGGCAGGGAGUAUGUGGGAAUGGAGGUCGAGGAGGAUGUUUGGGUCGAGGGCGAGGUGGAGAAGAGGUUCAUCGAAGGGCAGGGCCAUGUGGUGCCGAUUGAGAUGAGGAACGAGUUUAACGCGUGGGUCGAAGCGUUGGUGGAAAGGGGAGUGGGUUUGAAUCAGAGGGAGGGAGUGUGA